AUGGCUGAGCUGUUGACUAUAAAAAAUUUAUUUAUUUGUUCUCAUGAAAAGAGUGUUGAAGAGCUGACAAAAGUGAUGGAUGGUUUAAUUAAGAACGUUGAAGAAAGGAAUGAGAAUGAUGAUGAUAAAAAAAAUAUAAUAUAUAAAGAAAAUGCGAAUGAGAAAAAAAAGAAAUAUGAUAUGAUAAAAGAUUAUAUGGAUGCUAAUAAGAAUAAUGUAUUACAUUUUGCUGUAUAUGGAAAUAAUUUUAAUAAUGUAAAAUUUAUUGUAGAGAAUACAGAUUUAAUAAAUACAUAUAAUAAUGAUGGACAGAAUGGAUUAAUUAUUAGUAUAUUAAAUAAAAAUAAUGAUAUUAGUAAGUUCUUAUUAGAUAAUAAUAUUAAUUAUAAUCAAGUUGAUAAAUAUAAUUCAAAUUCAUUAUUAUAUAGUAUGAUUACACAAAAUUAUGAAAUUUUUAAUUUAUUAAUUGAAAAAAAUGAUAUAGAUAUUAAUAUUAAUAGUUAUGAAAAAGGAAAUUUAAUAAGUAUAUGUAUUUUUGAAAGAAAUAUUAAAUUAUUAAAAAAACUAUUUAAUAAAAAUAUAUCUCCAGAAUUAAAAGAAAAAAAUAUAUAUCCUCAUCCACUCAUUUUUAUAUUAUAUAGUAAUGAUAAUUAUUUAUUAUAUUUAUAUUUAACAUAUUCUUUAUAUUAUUAUUCAAAAUCAAAAGAAUUAUUUAAUAUAAAUAAAAUCAAUUUUGAUUAUACAACAGAUGAUAUAUUAAUCGACUUACAAAACAAACAAUGUAUUCAUUCAAUUUUAAAAACUCAAAAUAUGGAUAUAAAAAAAUUCCAAUCUUUAUUAAAUAUUAAGGAUGAAAAUAAUUCCUCAUUAUUAGACAUAUGUAUACAAAUGGAAAAUGAACAGGGAAAAAAUAUAUUGUCUUAUUAUAAUAUGGAACAAUGA